AUGGAGCGCCACUGGGAGAACAUAGACCUAGCCAAGAGGGUCAACACCUUCCCCGACCCCAUGCUAGACCCGGACGGCCACAGAACCGCCAUGGCGGGCCUCUACACCGUGGUGUGGCCCGCACCCGACGGCUCCGAGACGGCGCUGGGCUACAUGAGGCGUGACAUCUACGACCGCCUGCUGCGGGUGCCCGAGGCGCUCCGGGGCCAGACGCGCCUCGACGCCGCCCGCGGCACCGUCUCGGUCUUCCGGUGGCCGGGCGAGGAGCCCCUGGACGAGCCCGAGCGCACGCGCCGCGUCGCCGCCGUGGCGCAGCACCUGCGCGAGGCCGCCGCCUUUCCCAUCCUGGUCAAGGGGUGGCGGGACGAGCUGUGGCCCGUCUUCGGCCCCGGCGGCAUGAACAACAACAACAAUGACGGCGAGCUCGUCUUCAGCAUGGAGCGCGCGGCGCUCGGCCUGGUGGGCAGCAUGCGGUACGGGGUGCACGUCAACGCGUACGUGGUGGCGCCCGAGGCGCCGCACGGCAUCCGCGUGUGGGUGCCGACGCGGGCGGCGACCAAGUCGUCGUUCCCCGGCAUGCUCGACAACGCCGUGGCGGGCGGGCUGAUGACGGGCGAGGACCCGUUCGAGUGCAUGGUGCGCGAGGCCGACGAGGAGGCGUCGCUUCCCGGGCAAGUGGUGCGCGCCAACGCGAGGGCGGCGGGCGCCAUCACCUACGUCUACGUCACGGACGCGCGGUCGGGCGAGGAGGGGCACGUGUACCCGGAGUGCGAGUGGGUGUUCGAUUUGGAGCUACCCGAGGGGACCACGCCGCGGCCCAAGGACGGCGAGGUCGAGAGCUUCGCCCUCAUGGACGUGCCCGACGUCCAGGCCAACCUGGCCGCCGGCCGCUUCAAGCCCAACUGCGCCGGCGUCACGCUCGACUUCUUCAUGCGCCGCGGCAUCAUCAACAGGAGCAACGAGCCCUGCUACGACGACAUCGUCCGGCACCUGCACAGGGUCAUUCCCUUCCCUGGGCCUCACCACCGCGCCGUGGCCGAGUUGGCUGGUCAAACCACACAGACGUGA